GGCAGUCAUCCGUAGCCCUUGUCAGCAACCAGAAAAACGGAGAAAUUUCCAUCUCAAAGAUUGGAGAUCUAUAUGACUAGUCACCACUACACGUCCUAGCACGAGCUCUACAGCCAUACGGGGGGCGGCAUAACAUUCUUCUCUUGCCUCAGCACAGCUUGUUUAUUCGGAAUCCCUUGAACAGCUGCAGCUUGCGAACACCAUGAGAAAGGAGAUCAUCAUCCGGAUGCAGCCGGGCUCGGACAAAUACCACAAGAGGGCCCUGAAGGUGGCCGCUGCCGUCAGCGGAGUGGUGUCGAUCACAGUGACCGGCAGGGACAGGGAUCUACUGCUGGUCAUCGGCGACGGCGUGGACGAGAGCCAUCUGACCAAGAAACUGAAGAAGGAGGUCGGGGAGGCCGAGAUAGUGCAGCUGCGGACGCUCCCCGAAGGCACCUCGGGGUACCAUCUGCCGGGAACGUCGAGGGACGUCGGCGGCCGAGAGUCCCGGUCGCCGUACCACUUGCAUCCCACGAACACUCCGGGCGGCGUCACGUACCCGGCUUAUGCGCCGUCGCCGGUUGCCAAUCCCGGCGCUGCACGGUGGUCGGGUGACCACGGGCAAGCCGAAGCGGGAUACUAUCCCAGUGCGCCCAGCCCGUCCUUCUACUACGCGUCGCCCGUGGCCGGGCACGGCGGGUACGGGGGCAGCAGCUAUGCAAGCGCGGUGGCGCGCAGCCACCCGGCGAACUACUCCCCGAUGAUUGAGCGGCACCGGCACGACGCCGGGAGCUGGCGUCCGCACCACGGCGGGGGAAAGCCCAGCUGCUGCUCGAUACAGUAGCACUCGUUUCCAUCGUAGUGCCAAUGUUUGCUGUUUCAAGUAUUUCAAAUGUGAACUGCGGUGUUCUUUGAUUCAUUCGUACUUCGUUGUUAAAUUUUACUUUAGUGCACAAAGCUAGUUAAUUAGUGGCUUGUACACCUCAACCGAUUUUAGGAUAGAGGUGUUCCAGCUUUUCUGGAAACAAAUUUAGAGCCCCCAAGAAUCAACAUGUAGUUCUUUUUAA